CGGGCAGAGUCACCGUUUCAGCGGCCCUACGCCCGCUGAAACUUUCACUCGCGGAAAAUCCGUAUCGAAGAACAUACAUAGGAUUAGGUUAAAAAAUCAGCAAGUGCGCAAUGUCAACUUCGGGAGCGGGGACAAGGAUGCUAAUCGUUUUGCAAACAAGCUGUAAGACGGCGUUUGGUUCGCCCCUUGUGUGCCGACCGUGUUAGCACAGUGAGCUAAGGCCUCACUAGCAAAGAACAAAGAAUACAUCCGUUGUUAUCGGCUAUAACAGAGGACACAAUGGACACUAGUACAACAAAUUCAACGCAAGACGAUGACACAGAUUGGCCUCGGAACACGACCAUAGAAGAAUAUAUUUCUCAAAAUAGCACAGACUAUGGUUCGUAUGACACACUAUACGACGUGCCCACUGGGAUGAUAGUGUUGCUCUCAUUCCUAUACGGGUCUAUAUCAGUGCUGGCCGUGGUGGGCAACUUCCUCGUGAUGUGGGUGGUGGCGACAUCGCGGCGCAUGCAGAGCGUUACCAACUGCUACAUAGCUAACCUAGCCUUAGCCGACAUAGUUAUAGGAUUAUUUGCUGUACCAUUCCAAUUCCAAGCAGCGCUGCUGCAGAGGUGGCUGCUGCCACAUUUCAUGUGUCCCUUCUGUCCGUUCGUCCAGGCUCUAAGUGUGAAUGUCAGUGUGUUCACACUCACAGCCAUCGCCGUGGAUCGACAUCGAGCGAUCAUUACCCCCCUCAGCGCUCACACGUCCAAACGAGUCGCUAAAAUCGUUAUAGUGUUUAUCUGGCUGUUGGCUCUGUCCUUGGCAGCCCCGAUGGCCAUGUCAUGGGAGGUCAUCAUGGAAGAUGAAAUAGAUGCUGUUACAAAUCAGAAUUAUAAGAAGCCAUUUUGCGCUCCUAGCGAAUUCGGGUCACAUUCUCUAGCUAUAUACAGGUUGCUUUUGUACAUAUUUCAAUAUGUAAUCCCGUUGUGUGUAAUAACAUUUGCGUAUGUGCACAUGGCUAUGAAACUGUGGGGUGCGCGUGCGCCGGGCAACGCGCUCGAAGCGAGGGAUGCUAAUCAUAUGAAAAAUAAGAAAAAGGUAAUAAAAAUGUUGGUGCUAGUUGUGGCUCUCUUCGCUCUUUGCUGGCUGCCUCUGCAGAGCUACAUGCUGUUGCAAUCCUUUUUUCCUUCCAUAAAUGAGUAUCGCUAUAUAAACGUGUUGUUUUUCUGCUUCGAUUGGCUCGCGAUGAGCAAUUCCUGCUACAAUCCCUUCAUCUACGCUAUAUACAAUGAAAAAUUCAAGAAGGAGUUCAAGCAGCGAUUUACUUUUGGAAAGAAGCCCAGUAGAUAUGCUAACGAUAGCUACGAGGACGGACAGUCUUAUAGAACCAGGAUAUUAUCGUUUCGGUCAACAAAUGACAGAGGCAUAUAUUCUGCAAGAAAAUCAAUAAAUAUCACGCCGGUAGAUACUUUGAAGCCUGCCGGUAGAAACUCUUGUCAUUGUUUGAGGAACCAGAGCAACGUCCAGAGUGACAAUGGACUCAAUCUGGUGACGCCAGAGGAACUGAGGGAGAAUAGCUUUAAGAGGAAUAAUGACACCAAAAAUAAAAGGAAAUCCGCCAAAAAACUAUCAGAUGACAUGCCGAUUGGAGACGAAAGGGUUAGUGAACUGUACAUAUUCCCCAACAGUAAUAUAGUGGAGUUCACAGACAUAUCAUACGAUGACAAAGUGUAAAUAGUAAAUUAACAAUUCCAACAUGUUGUGAUCUUGUAGUAAGUUAUGAACUUGUAGAUCCAUCGUUAUGAAUAAAUAAAUUAUUUUA